AUGGCUGGGAAAGCAUUCACUGUGGCCGAGAGCAGGAAGUACACUGUGUCCCUCCUGCGAAUGGUGGGCUUCGACGUGUUCGUGCAGAAAGUGCCGCGCACCUUCAUCUACUACUUCUGCUACUGGGUCAACACCAGCUACCACAUCUUCUGCCUCUACACGUUCAUCAAGCACCGCCGCGACAUCAUGAUCGUCCUGCAGUGCCUUUCGGUUUGGGGAGCGGCCGGACAGUGCAGUGUCAAGACCAUCUUGGCGCUGAUCUACAGGAAAACCAUGCGGCAAGCUUUCACCUUCCUCGCGGAGAAGCAGGAGAAGAGCGAAGAAGAUCCCGAAAUCCAUGCCGGAUAUCUCAAGUGGUCGCGACGGCUGAACAUGAUUCAGAAGACGAUCUUCUAUGUCCUGAACAACAACAUUGUGCUGCUGAGCCUGUACGUGUUGCUGUCGAUUGUGUUCUUCGGCGACAGGAAGCAUCUGCUGAUCUGCAAUAUCCCAGGCCUGCCCUUCGACACUCACGCUCCCUUUCCCAGCUACGAGAUUCACAUCUUCUACCAGUUCAUCGCGCUAUGCGCUGGCGUUUAUGAACUGAUAGUCCUCGACGGACUCUUCGCCUUCUUCGUGUGCAAUGGCGCUGCCGUGGCCGAAACGCUGCUGGUCAUGACUAAGAGAAUGUCCGCAGAAAUCGACCAGAACAAAUUGACAGACGACGCCACGACGGAGAGGAUAAAAUAUCUGGUGUUCCUCCAUCGCGAAUACAUGGAUUAUGUCUCGCGAUUGGACGUCAUGUACAGUUCAAUGCUGUUGAUUCAAUUCGGCAGCUUCGCCCUCAGCGGCUCCGUUGCUCUUUAUGUGGGCGGAUCGAGUGACUGGUUCGCUAUUUACGGUGUUGUGCUGACCUCGUUCACCCAACUGUUCUUCUACAAUCUUCUCGGCACGAUUCUGCAGACGAAGAACCAACAGAUAAGACAGACAAUCUUCGAGACGAGCUGGCUGAAGAUGUGCGAGAAGAACAAGCGCUACAUUCUCCUGAUGCUGCAGCGCUCGCAGACAAUGAAGACCAUCACGGUGGGUCACUUGGCGCCCCUGAAUCUCGAGACUGGCAUGUCCAUCUACAAGGCGCUCUACUCGUAUUUCCUCCUUCUCAAGGAUGUGUUCAAGUGA